AUGGCCUCCCAAACUCACACACUCAGGUCAUUCCACCUCAACCCAGAUAGCCAAACGUUCACCCUCCAAUCCACCAGCAAGUCCCUCCGUCCAACCUCCCUCCUGAUCCGCACAACCCAUUCCGGCAUCUGCUUCACGGAUGUACAUGCAAAAUCUUCCGGCUGCGGUCUCGGGCACGAAGGAAUCGGACAUAUCGUCUCCACUGGCUCCGCCAUCUCCCACUUCCAAUCCGGCGAUCGAGUCGGUUGGGGCUGGCUACACUCUUCCUGCGGCCACUGCUCGACUUGUGUGAGCGGAUAUCGGCAGUACUGCUCCGAAGCACGGGGUUUCGCAUUUUCAGACCAGGACCAGGGCGCAUUCGGAGACUACCGAAUCAUCGAUGCGGAGUUUGCGUAUCGCAUCCCAGAGGCAAUCUCUUCGUUGCACGCCGCGCCUUUGAUGUGUGCCGGUGCCUCUGUUUACGAAGCGCUCGACGCAGCGGGCACGAAGUCGCAUGAUCGAGUGGGUGUGGUCGGUAUAGGCGGUCUGGGACAUAUGGCAUGUCUCUUCGCCAGAGCAAUGGGCUGCAGUGUGACUGCCAUUUCAAACUCGCCGUCAAAACGAGCCGAUGCGUUCAAGCUCGGUGCCGAUGAGUUCCGCAAACUAUCAGACUUGUCCACCGCCCAUCGUUCUGACCAUCUCUCUGCCGGGCAACGCCAAGACGAUGGCAAGAUCUCCACCCUCCUCCUCACCUCCAACGCCACUCCUGACCUCGCCCUCCUGCUCCCACUCCUCGCUCGCCGUGCAACCAUAAUCCUCAUGACGAUCCAGCAAGACGCUCUGACGGUGCCGUAUAUGCCGUUCGUACUACCCGGCCAUCGGCUCAUCGCUUCGACCGAGGCAUCGAGAGAAAAUCACAUCAGGAUGCUGGAGUUUGCUGCGAGGAAUGGCGUUGUGCCGUGGGUGGAGGAGUUUGAGAUGAAUGCAAAGGGUGUGGCGGACGCAUUUGAGAGACUGGAAAGUGGGCAAAUGAGGUAUAGAGGUGUGCUGGUCAGAGGAGAGGACGGCGAGCUAUGA